AUGGAGGAAAUCGACCUAUAUGAGGUUCUCAGUGUGUCGAAGGGAGCGAGCAAGGCGGAGAUCAAGAAGGCGUACCACAAAGCGGCGCUUUCGUCACAUCCAGACAAAGUCCCCGAAGACCAACGAGAAGAAGCAGAUAUCAAGUUCAAAGCCGUAUCACAAGCCUAUGAGAUCCUCAGCGAUGACGACACUCGAGCGAUGUACGACCAGCAUGGCAUGGCCGCCUUCGACAAGAGUAGUGGUAUGGGCGGCGGCGCAGGGCCAGACCUCGACGACAUACUAGCGCAAAUGUUCGGCGGAAUGGGAGGCAUGGGUGGUAUGCCUGGCAUGGGCGGAGAUCCAUUCGGUGGUGCAGCUCCCAGGCGGAGAAGACCGAAGGGCAGGGACGAGCUGCAGCAGUAUGAGGUGACGCUGGAGGAGCUGUACAAGGGCAAGACGACGAAGUUCGCAAGCACCAAGAAGGUCAUCUGCACAAACUGCAACGGUUCAGGAGGAAAAAACGAAAAGGUGAAGGCCAAGACUUGCGAUACGUGCAAAGGUAGAGGAGUACAGACCAAGCUACAACCCGUGGGCCCGGGCAUGGUUACGCAAGCGACAGUGCCUUGCUCGACGUGCGAUGGCCGAGGGCAGUUCUACGCGGAUAAGGACAAGUGCAAGAAAUGCAAGGGCGUGCGGACGACGAGCCAAAAAAAGAUUCUGGAGCUGUAUAUUCCACGAGGCAGCAGGGAAGGCGAGCAAAUUGUUCUCGCGCGCGAGGCCGAUCAAGAUCCUGAUGACUUAGAGCCGGGAGAUAUCAUUUUCGAGCUUGUGGAAGAGCAGCACGAUGUCUUCAACCGAGCUGGCGCAGAUCUGCACGCUGAACUGGAAAUCAGCUUAUCAGAAGCGCUGACCGGCUUCAAUCGUGUCGUGCUUAAGCACCUCGACGGCCGCGGCAUUUCAUUAAACGUCCAGCAGCCAAACGGUAAAGUCCUCAGACCGGACGAAGUACUCAAGGUUCCAGGCGAGGGCAUGCCAAUGAAACGCUCCGACGCAAAAGGCGACCUCUAUCUCUCCGUCAAGAUCAAAUUCCCGGAAGACGGCUGGCUUCACGACCAAGCUGCUGUCGAUCGAGUCAGAGCAGUUCUACCUAAGCCAGAAGGCUACAACCCCGACGGCAAAGCCGGCGUGACACCAGAAGAUGUGGAAGAGGUCGAAUUCGAAGUCGUGCCCGAUCUCGAAGGUUUCGGUGCGGGCUCAGAUGACCCGCGAGCAGCAGGCGCGGAGUGGGAAGAUGAGGAAGACGGACCUCAUGGCGCGCAGUGUGCGCAGCAGUAAGUCAGCAGCAUGUAGAUGACAGUAGAGAGGUGGUUGGGGAUUUUCCGAGAAAAAGCGAUGGCGUUAUACCACCUUCCAGAGAGGCAGUUUGCUGCAGCAGAUGCUUUACAUAUCAGCGGCAUUGGCUAUGAGGAGAGAGGUGACUGGCUGAACAGGGCUACUCUCAGCAAGCGAUGUACAGAUUUCAUGUCCUAAGCUUCCCACUC